AUGCAAGUAGCAACUGAGUUUGUCUCCCAAGCGCAGCCCAGGCAGGCACCGUUGUCACUGAACGUCAUAAUCGUUGGUGCAGGCAUCAGCGGGCUCUCAACCGCGUUUCUUCUCGGACGCGCAGGUCACCGAGUGACCAUUCUCGAGGCCGCCUCGGAGCUCGGGGACAUCGGUGCUGGUAUUCAACUAACACCAAGCAUGUCGAGACUCCUCAUCCGCUGGGGCGCUGGGGAAAGGCUGAAAGCGGUCGCAGUUGUUCCUCAGGGAGCUUGCAUGCGCAGAUACCAUGACGGCGAAGUGGUUGGCUGGAAGCAGUGGGGGGAUUCAAUGAAAAGGGACCACGGCGCGCCCUAUUACAACAUCCAUCGCGCAGACCUCCAGAAGAUCUUGCUGGACCUUGCUCGACCGUUUAUGAAGAUCCGUUUGAAUACGAAAGUACGGGACGUCGACCCUUCCCAGCCUGCUGUAAUCCUGGAAUCCGGCGAUAUAAUUAAAGCCGACCUCGUUAUUGGAGCCGACGGUUUGAACAGUCGACUCCGAGACAUCGUUGUUGGUCAACCUGAUAGACCCACACCGACCGGGGAUGCGACGUAUCGGGCUCUCAUUCCUACGGGUCCUAUGAUGAAGGACCCAGAGCUGAAGCAACUGGUGGAUGAAACUAGUAUGAAUAUCUGGAUGGGUCCUGGACGACACAUCGUUGGAUAUUGUAUCCGCGACAAACAACUUUAUAAUCUGGUAAUGAUCCACCCAUGCAGAGGUGUUAAUGAGUCGGCCAGGCCUGCCGAUGUCGCCGUUAUGAGAUCAGAUUUUGUUGGCUUCGAGCCUCGAAUUCAAAAAAUGCUCGCCAUGGUCGAUUCGAGUCUACUGUGGUCCCUUUUGGAUCGGAAACCCUUGAACAGCUGGAUUCAUCCUGAAGGCAAGAUUUGCUUGUUGGGAGACGCCUGCCAUCCUAUGCUCCCGUACAGGGCGCAGGGGUCGGCAAUGGCGGUCGAGGACGCAGCCGUGCUUGGCAAUCUCCUCUCCCGUAUUUCCAGCCGAAGACAACUCACACCGCUCCUGCGGGCAUACGAGACCAUCCGGCACGCGCGAGCGACAAUGACGCAGUUGGAUUCAAGAAAGAAUCAACACAUAUUCCAUCUCCCGGAUGGGCCAGAGCAAGAGGCUAGGGACGCCUCAAUGCGCGCGGCUAUGGAGGAAGCGCUGAAGGAGGCCCGGGGGGAACCUGCGGACGACUGCGCAGGGAAUCCGAACCAAUGGGGAGAUAGGGUCAAGAACAAGGAGUCGUUUGGUUACGACGCGGACAAGGCGGUCGAUAUUUGGUGGAAGAGCAAUCAGCCGAGGGAACUGGUUGCCAAACUUUAG